GUCGCACGUGUCAGUUUCUUGACGCACAGGAACUUGAGAAGCUUUCCACAAAGCACUUGCACAGAACCACGUGUCAGAGACUUUUGUGAUGUAGUCACAAACUCACAAUCAUGUGUUGGUCUCGUACCUUACGCGUGAUGCCACGCGUUUAGACCGAUAUAGUUAAAGAAGCCAGCAGAGGAUUAGACUGUAGUGGCUGGAUUUUAAGAAACUUCUUCAGUUGCUCUCUUUAUUUAAAGCUCCUGAAAGAUCUCAAGGAAAAAAUAGUAUCUGUAGGAAGAAGAAUGGGUCUUUCACAUUACCCGACUGCGUCAGAAGGAGUGAUGCCAAUGUUAGUGAUGAACACAGUUGUUUCAGUGUCUCUAUUAAAGAACAUGGUAAGAUCUGUUCUUCACAUGCUGAGCUUUGAUGAGACCAACGAGGCAAGGAACAGAGGGGACGACCAAGAUCAUGAGGAUUCAGAGAGAAGAGGAAGAAGAGUCUCUGUAACACACUUCGAAGCUCUGUGUGAAAACAGAGGAAGCAGGAAGGAGAGAGAAGCUAUGGAGUGUUGUGUGUGUCUGUGUAGGUUUAAAGAGAAGGAGGAAGUGAGUGAGUUAGUGUCUUGCAAGCAUUACUUUCACACGGCUUGUUUGGAUAAAUGGUUUGGUAAUAAUCACACCACUUGUCCUCUCUGCAGAUCCAUCCUUUAGUAAUGGAUCAUACUUUACUUACCUUUUAUGGUGUUUCACCAUUUUAUAAUGGUUUUUAGUUUCUAUUUUGGGAAACUCAGAUUUUGUUGUGUCCACCUUGUGGGUUUUGAAGUAUUUUUAGAACAUUAAUAAAAGUGUUUUGGAUAUAUUAUAUAUAUAGCUGUGCCUUGAUAUUAUGUAAUUCGUAUCA